AUGGCACUACGUAACUUAUUCAAAAACGAUCUCGUCCUCGUCAGCACAAAUCUCGCAGUGGUAGCUGGAGUCGCAACUCUGCUAGGAUCGAGAGUUGAAAGGAAAUUAGACCGUAUGGAGAAAGAGCAGGAAGCAAGGCGUGACGAGAUUGAGGGGACGACACGUGGGCAUGUUGGACUGAUCGAGGAUUCGCUGGAUAGAAUUGAAGGAAAGCCAAAUGCUGGCAAACAGGACAAAUUGUAUAAUCAGAGGACGAGAGAUACAAAGGGAGUUGAAGAUGGGAAGUGA